CCCCGGAGCCCCCACCGCGGCAGAGCCCUGCCCACUCCCUGCAGGGCUCCGGAGCCCGGCAUCCCCGCUCCACGCCCGCCUCUCUUGAGCCGGCUCUGUCGCGCCUUAGCCUGGACUGUCUUCCCCUAGUCCUAGGCCGGGAUCGAGUCCCGGAGCCCCUCCCCAGUUUACCCCACAGCAGCUCACUCGCCUCGCUUCAGGCCUGGGGAUCGUCGCCCCCGCCCCGGAUGCGCCCUGACCCACCUCCCGAUGCAGCCCACCCCUCGUAUUUCUGGGAUCCAGCCCCAGGCUGGACUGGGAACCCACUCCUACCUGAGGGGCCUAUGCGAAUGGUUGCAGCUCUGGCCUGAGCAGAGGGUUAUCAGGCUUCUAGUCCUGGCUCUGCCAGCUACCCGCUGUGACAUUCGUCUAACCUCUUUCUCUUCCUCAGCUUGUUUCCCUCUCUGAUCUGGUGCUCCAUUCCGUGAUCUGAGUCAGAGCUGCUCAGUUCCCUUCACUCUGCUGACCAGCACAGAAACAGCCUGAACUCUUCUCUCUGCUGACAGCAGGUUUUAGGUAAAGUCUUGAGAAAGAAGAAAUUGGGGCCAGAGAGGAAAGUGAGGAGAAUCGGAUCUCAGAUCUUUGGGGAGAAGGAGCUGUGAAGAGCAGCCUCAACUCCACUAUAGCGGAUCAGGUGGAAAGAGCAGGGCUAACUUUGCAGGGCUCUCUGGAGCUGUGCUGGAAGCCUGGGAGCCGAAGACUCUGCCUCCACUACUCACUGCUUCGGUUUUUUCGCUGAGUCGCUGGCUGGGUGGCAGGUUGCGUAAGAGGAAGCCCUGCAGCGUCUGACUGAUCUUUCUGGAUUUGGAGCCAGCAGAGAGGUUGAGAAGAGCCAGAGCGCACAGCCUCCCAGGAUAACAGCCCUGAACGGGCUGGUGCUGCCCCCAGCUGCAAGCGUUCCCUCGGCUGCCCUGGGGAUGUGGUGGUGAGGCACAGCCCGCAGACCCUGCAGGGAGCGGGCUCCCGGGGCCAUGGCCCAGGUCAGCAUCAACACUGAGCAGGGCGAGUGGGGCUUGAGCACGGACGCCGGGGAGCGGGCCCGUCUGCUGCAGAGUCCCUGUGUGGACACCGCCCCCAAGAGUGAGGGGGAGGCCUCUUCUGGGGAUCUGGGCAGAGGCACCACUUCCACGCUUGGGGCCGUCUUCAUUGUCGUCAAUGCCUGCCUGGGUGCAGGGCUGCUCAACUUCCCAGCCGCCUUCAGCACGGCCGGGGGCGUGGCAGCCGGCGUCGCCCUGCAGAUGGCCAUGCUGGUUUUCAUCAUCAGCGGCCUCGUCAUCCUGGCCUACUGCUCCCAGGCCAGCAAUGAGAGGACCUACCAGGAGGUGGUGUGGGCUGUGUGUGGCAAGCUGACAGGCGUGCUGUGCGAGGUGGCCAUCGCCACCUACACCUUCGGCACCUGCAUCGCCUUCCUCAUCAUCAUCGGGGACCAGCAGGACAAGAUUAUAGCCGUGAUGGCAAAGGAGCCUGAGGGGGCCGGCGGCAGCCCCUGGUACACAGACCGCAAGUUCACCAUCAGCCUCACUGCCUUCCUCUUCAUCCUGCCCCUUUCCAUCCCCAGGGAGAUUGGCUUCCAGAAAUAUGCCAGCUUCCUGAGUGUCGUAGGCACCUGGUACGUCACUGCCAUCAUUAUCAUCAAAUACAUCUGGCCAGAUAAAGAGAUGACCCCAGGGGACAUCCUGACCAGGCCAGCUUCCUGGAUAGCCGUGUUCAACGCCAUGCCCACCAUCUGCUUUGGAUUUCAGUGCCACGUGAGCAGUGUGCCCGUCUUCAACAGCAUGCGGCGGCCUGAGGUGAGGACCUGGGGUGGAGUGGUGACGGCUGCCAUGGUCAUAGCCCUCGCUGUCUACAUGGGCACGGGCAUCUGUGGCUUCCUGACCUUUGGAGCUGCUGUGGACCCCGACGUGCUCCUGUCCUACCCCUCGGAGGACAUGGCUGUGGCCGUCGCCCGCGCCUUCAUCAUCCUGAGCGUGCUCACCUCCUACCCCAUCCUGCACUUCUGUGGGCGGGCGGUGGUCGAAGGCCUGUGGCUGCGCUACCAGGGGACGCCUGUGGAGGAGGACGUGGGGCGGGAGCGGCGGCGGCGGGUGCUGCAGACGCUCGUCUGGUUCCUGCUCACGCUGCUGCUGGCGCUCUUCAUCCCCGACAUCGGCAAGGUCAUCUCCGUCAUCGGAGGCCUGGCCGCCUGCUUCAUCUUCGUCUUCCCAGGGCUGUGCCUCAUUCAAGCCAAACUCUCUGAGAUGGAGGAAGUCAAGCCAGUCAGCUGGUGGGCGCUGGUCAGUUACGGAGUCCUCUUGGUCACCCUGGGAGCCUUCAUCUUCGGCCAGACCACAGCCAACGCCAUCUUUGUGGAUCUCUUGGCAUAACCACUGCCUCCCAGGGAACACAUGGCCUUUGCCACUGGACCCAGGAUCCCAUCUCUUAGAGCUGCGGGGCCAACCUGAGUCUGGCAUCCUUCCCCCCUACUGGUGGGAUGACACCUGGACAUCCUUUUACAGGGACAGUUGUGGCGUGAAAUCAGGCCCCACACCUCUGGGCAGCUCAAACCCAGCUCCCUUCCUGCCUCCCCCAUCCUGGCAGUGCCGUGGAUGGUGGGAGGAGGUCUCAUGUCGCAGAGGAACCUUCCCCUUUCCUCCAACUCUCGACUUCUCCGUGCCUGGAACCCAUGGAUGAAGAGGGCCAGAAGGUCUCAGAGGAAAGAACCCAGCCUGACUUCCCUCUGGAGAAAGUCUGGACAAAGGGCCGUCCUCCACAGAGCAGCCUGUCCUGAGUAGGGGCUGUGCUCACUACCCCCAGACACAGUGCCUGCUCCAGUCUCUCGGCAGCCCAGCCAGCGGUGACUUCCUCUGGGAUCUGGCAGGUUCCAAAGGUGACACUGAAUUCAGACCAAUGCACAGAGGCAGAUAGAGUCAUGCUUGUCCACUCCCUCCUGGCCCACAGUGAGCCUGAUAGCCCUCUCUCCCUGGCUAAUUGACACUUCCAAGCCUUUGGGGCCUCACGCUGUCUCUUUCCCCAAACCUGAGAGUCCAGGCAUCCCUCUCCUCCUCCAUGCCCAGACAUCACCAAGUCUAAUGUUUACAAACGGUGCCAGCCCGGCCUUGAACCAGGGCCCAGGGGCCAUCCCGUGCCACCGCGGUGCUGUGAGUACACCUCCGUUAGCUUUCCCAAGGGGGGAGUCUGCUUUUCUCUUCGGAGUCCAGAUGGGCCCCUCUUUUAUGAGGCACAAGGGUGGGUAAUAGAAAAGGCCGAGAACCUUUCAGACCCGUGCAGGCCCGGCUGCUCAGGACCAAGGUGAACCUGUCUGACCCUCACUUUCACCAACUGCCUCUCUUCUCCCUGCCCCCUCCUCCCCCUCCUCUGCCAUUUGCGUGCAGUCACGCCAGCCUGGAAGUUUCCCUUCCAAUCUGGAUCUUGUCUGCUCCUUCCCCCCAUCACUUCUUCGCCCCCUACCCCAUUUUUCUAUGUAGCUCGACCUCUCCUGUUCACGUAAGUGUGGGGGUGGAGGGUUGCCAAACCCUCUCUUGUCAACUUCCUCAGCUCCACACAUCCACAGGCCUGGCCUCGGUGGCCUGUCCGUCACACCGAGGUCACACCUAGAUUGUGCCCCAGGCAGGGUGAGGGGGACGCUAUUCUCCCCCUUCCUGUUCCCAUUUUGAACACGUUGGCCACUCACUUUGGUCAACUCCAGGUACCGAAUCAGGCUUCCUCUACCCAGAACACUAGUAUUUCUCUGGCCCCUCCUGCCCAAAACCUCAGUACCCGGGGUGAGAGGGACCCCCACCCAGCAGCCCACCAUUCAGGGCAGUCAGAUCUGAGAGGCGGAGGCCGG